UUUCAGCAGGGCUGCGAGGAGGACGGUAGCAAAGAGGAAGAACGUGCAUAUAAGAAAGUAUUUUUCAAAGAAACCUGAACUGGCAGUAGACGCUGUACCCGGCUCACCAGGGGCCGCACAGACGCUGGGGCAGGAGUGUUGGCGAUGCGGGCAGCUGGGACAUUUUUACCGGGAAUGCCCGCUCAUGGAUGUUGUGCAGGUGUUCCGUGUUGCCAGGAUGUCAACAACCUCCCCCACUCCAGUAGGGACGUACAGCCUUACGGAUUUACCACCCAUAAGUGAUAAAGGAAAGAGAAAAUCAGAUCUUCAGAGUGAGUCGAGCCAAUGGCAACCACCUCCUAAACAACAAUACAAGUGUAUGGCAGGAUCACAGUCAGAAACACAAGGGCUGUCUGAUGUCAAAGAAAUAAUGAGAUGUGUCAGUGAAAGACUACAUGGCCGUGACAAGCUCAGUGCUUUCCUAAGGGAUAAAAUCAAGGAUUUGGAGACAGACAAGAGACACCUGGUUGGUGUCUUUGGUAGAACUGGGGCUGGAAAGAGCUCUUUAAUCAAUGCCAUCAUAAAUAAGAAGGGCCUGUUACCUUCUGGAACCCUCAGUGCAUGUACCUCAGUAAUGAUAAAGGUGGAGGCUACCAGUGGAUCAAAGUAUGAGGCACACAUCGAGUUCAUUACAAAAGAGGAUUGGGAAAAUGAGGUGCAGUCCCUAAAACUGGCUCUUGAAGAUGAUGAUGAUGAUCAUGGUGGUAAUGAUGAUUUUCUUGACCCUGAUGGAAAGUUAUCAGCGCUGUAUGGAGAAGAGUGGAAAGAAAGAUCCACUCACAGCCUCAUGGACAACAAAUAUUUCAGAGAUAUUCCAGAGUUUCGAAUGUCCAAGAUAAAAAUUUUGGAAAGUGACUCAGCUGAAGGGUUGUCUGAAGAAAUUGUGAAAUAUACAAGAAGUGACUCAAAUGAGAGAGAAGAAGAAGAAGUAAAGAGGUGGUACUGGCCACUUGUGAAGUGUGUGACUGUCAAAGUGCCAGACAAUGAUUUUCUUGAUCACGUCACACUCGUGGAUCUUCCUGGAAAUGGUGACUGUAGAAGCAGUGAUAAAAUUUGGACAGGGUUUGUUGCCAGUUGUUCAACUGUGUGGAUUGUGACUGAAAUGAAUCGAGCAGCAUCAGAAAAAGAAGCCUGGAAGAUCCUGGAAGAUGCCAGCGGCCUGCUGGGAAAUGGUGGCAAAUGUCAGCAAAUUCAUUUUAUCUGCACCAAGUCAGAUAAUGAAAAACCAGAUUAUGUAAACAAAGUCAAGAGUGCAGUGAUGAAUGAAUUCAAAAAGCGGAAAUUACUUAAGGAUCACUUCAGUGAGGAUUGUUUCAAAGUCUUCACAGUGAGCUCCACAGAGUUCCUCAAAGGGGAGAAUGUAAAUCCAGAUCUCAAUGAAAUACCAAAACUUCAGGAAAUUUUGAAAAAUCUAAAUGACGCUCGUUCAAAGACAUUAAACUAUGUGUCUGGAGCUCAUGGGAUUCUGUCUUUGAUUCAAGGGGCCAGAAGUGGAGAAGUGGUUGAACAAAAAAACGAUGUGUGUGCAGUCCUUGAGGGAAACUUGAGCAUCCAACUUAAUCGAGUCAAAAAAGCAAUUGAAGACAUUACAAAAGCUUUUGAACAACGCCUACGUGAGGGAGUAGAAAAAUCCCAAAAUUUAUGUGAAAGAAAACUGAGGUCCUUCUUAUACCCCAGUAAAAUGUUUGGCAGAGCUUUUCACAAGAUGCUACAGUCUGCAGUUAGGAAUGAUGGCGUCCAGAAACCAAAAAGAGGGAAAACAAAAGACCUCAACGUGAUAUUAGCGUCUUAUUUGACUGAAAGCAUUGAUGAAGAAUUCAGAAAGACCUUCCAAAACAACAUAAAAUGUGGACAUUUCAAUGGAGCCAUUGAUGCGUUUUCACUCAGCACUGAUUCAUUGAUUGCAAAGUACAAAGAUGUUGAACUGCAACUGACAUUUCUCCAGACAGAGGAAAAAGAAAUUAAGACAAAGCUCAACAAAACCAUUCUCACACAAAAGAAAUUGAUCUACAAGAGUCUGACAGAGACAAUCAAGAAUAACAUGAAAGAAGGUUAUAAAGAAGCAGCAUCAUUUCAAGGACCAGGCACCCUGAAGAACAUGAGGGACACUGUUGAGAGACAUGUGCACUCAAAGAUGGACAUGUUUGAGGAGGCAAAAAGUGUCAUGUUGAAGCAGUUGAACGAUUUGAAGGAAACUGUCCUGAGGACACUGAAGGAAACCAUGAAGGAAUCCAUUGAACACUCACUCAAGACUGAGGCCUGCUCACUGCCAGAUGUUUCAGAACAUCUUGAGGUGGUGAAGAAACAUUAUGAUGAACUUCAUGACGGUCAAGAUGAAAAAAAUAACCAUACUGGAAACAGCUGAGGCCUGAUGACCCACAGAACAUCCCUGAGCAAACACUGAUAGAGACACGAGGUCUUUACAUAUUAUCACAGUAAUUUUUGUUUUGAUCUCUUUUAAUGGUGUGUUGAUGUGUACUUUUGACUUUUAAUGAAUUUUAUACAAAAAGUAUUUUGAAUGUUAUAGAUUUUAUUUAAAAACUGCUAAUAUUAAGGUGUUAAUCACGAGGGUCUAAACCAUGUUUUGAUUUCUAUCUUUUUUUAAAAAUUGUAGUUCGUUGGGAUGGGAGCAUUUAUUUUAAUGUGUGCUUAUUAAACAUUGAGCCUUAUCCAGCAUUGAAUUGAUAUUUACCACUUUAACUUCACAGUUCUAAAUCCAAAUACUUGUUUUUUGUAGUUAUAACAUGUGUGUACAAGACAAAUAGUGAGAAAUAGGCGUAAGUAAAGUUGUAGGAAAUCAGCAGCUACUUCAGUCAUCUCCCUGCCAUUUUGCUCUUUCUGGGUUUGGAAUUAUUUGUCAAUAUAUUACAGUUUGGGGUUAGGUUCGGGGGGGGGGGGGGGUUGUUAUUUUAGGUGUUUAACAUUUUAAGUAUUUCUGCGCAUAUUGUUGAAUUCCUGUUUUGAUUUUUGUCUGGAUUAAUUAUUUCGUGUUUCCUCCCCUGAUAAUGAUUUCCUGUAUUUUCUUCCUGAAACAGUUCACUCAUGUUUAGUAUUUACUUUCAUGUUUUCUGUAAUCUUAUUUCAGUAAUCAUUAUAAAAGCUGAUUUUUAAAAAUGCUCAGGAAAAGGUACUUCAGUGCUUCCUUUAUUACCUCCUUCAGCAUACAGGAUUAAGAUACACUGAACCCUCCUUUGUGAAAUAAAGAUAUUUACAUCUCAUAAUUUAUAGUGACAGACAGUUGUCGAAGAAUAAGGUUAUCAAAACUAGGCUUGUGGCAUAGAGCAUUUAAAUGUUAAUUAUAAGUGUUCUUUUCAUUUUUUUUAUUUUUUAUUUUUGGCAUAACAAA